AUGCACAUCACACAAUGCGAACCACACUUCAAACGGCACAAACAAACAACAGACAACACAAUACAGUCAGCAUACAACACACAAGACACGACAAUGGGCGUCAACUGUACCUUGCUGGCCGGCGCCAACUCGGCGUCAACUGUUGCCGAGGCUUCUCUCUUAAGCCCCGAGAGCAAUGAGACACGAGGGACAGGAGGCGUCGGUGUAGGCCUCGGACGAGGACAUGAUUGUACAGAUUUAAGAAACAUGCAUACGCAAGAGCCGGGGCCUUGA